GCUCCGCGAGCAGCAGGAGGAAGAGGAGGAGCUGGACUUGUCUUCAGCCAGGAGGCUGACGGAUGAUGAGCUGAUGCGAGUGUGCGGGGGCCGCACAGCACACAAGGGUGCCCGGCACGGCCUGACGAUGAGUGCCAAGCUGGCGCGCCUGGAGGAGCAGGAACGAGCCUUCCUGGCCACGUAUGGACACAAGGAGCCCCUCGAGAGGGAGGGAAAGAAGAGGAAAAGGAAAGAGUCCAGGCAUGGAGCCAGUGCCGAGGUGCUGCAGAGCCAGGAGCCAAGUGAGGAGGAGGAGGGAGACAAAGGAGAGGCUGCAAAGAGGAAGAAGAAGAACCAGAAGCCAAACGGAGAAGAAGAGAAGAAGAAAAGGAAGAAGCAGGAGAAGGAGGACAAAGAAGAGUCAGUUGAGAUGGAGAAGAAGAAAAGGAAGAAGCAGGAGAAGGAGGACAAAGAAGAGUCAGCUGAGAUGGAGAAGAAGAAAAGGAAGAAGCAGAAGGAGAACAAAGAAGAGUCAGUUGAGAUGGAGAAGAAGAAAAGGAAGAAGCAGGAGAAGGAGGACAAAGAAGAGUCAGUUGAGAUGGAGAAGAAGAAAAUGAAGAAGCAGGAGAAGGAGGACAAAGAAGAGUCAGUUGAGACGGAGAAGAAGAAUCAGCAGGACAAAGAGCCAGCUGAGCCAGAGGUGCCUCUAGAAGACACAGAUGGGCCAGACCAGGCCAGGCACAGCCCCAGGAAGAAGAAGAGGAGGAGGAAGAAGGACCCAGAGUGA